GAGUUUCCUUCCUUCCACUGACAGCGAGCGAGAGCUCGAGGAGAAGGGGCGUCCAAUCAAUCGCUCCCUUCGCUCUCAGAGCUAGAGCUGCUGCUGCUGUUGAUGCCAUAGCUCGAGCUCGAGCUCGAGUCCGUGCGUUCCGUGCCGUGGUCCCGUCGCGUCUUGUUGUCUUUCGGUCGUCACAUUCAUUCGGUCGGACGCUCUCUCUGCCUCUCCCUCUCUCUCUCUCUGCGUGCCACCGUCCACCUUCCCAACGUUUGCGGCCGCGUGCUCCUCCUCUUCUUUCUCGUGUGUUCCAUUUGAAGCGAGCGCUCUCGAGAGCAGACGAGGAAAGCGCGACGAGGUGGGGAAUGGCGCAGUUUCUCAGUCUUCGGAAGCCGUGAAGAGAAGAGAAGAGGAGUGAAGGAUUGAAAGAGAGAGGUAGAUAGAGGGAGAGAGAUCGAGGAAUGAAAGAUUGUAGAGAAUGAGUAGGGAGGCCGGAGGAGGAGGAGGAGUGGUGGUGGUGGUGGUCGGGGUGAGGAGGAGGUGCGGGAAGAAGGAAGAGGAGGAAGAGAGGUCGCGGGGGACGACAUUGAUGUGGCACGGAGGCGAGAGAUCGCGCGUGAAUGAGCCGUGCUAGCGGCCUCGCGGGAAGGUGACCGCAGUGGGCCGAGGGCGAAGGGGCGCAGCGACAUCGGACUCACCCAGCACCAUCAUCAUCAUGCCCCCAGGCGAUCAGAGCGUGAACGAGAAUAAUGUCGGUAUGGCUACCGGGGACGACCAAGAGAAGCAGCGCUCCCCAAUGCCGACGCCUACGAAGGCUCCGCGGAACGAGCCGCGGACUCCGCGCUCUACUGUUUCCGGCAUUGUGACUCGGCCCAGAGAUUGGAACACGCUGGGCGGCAUGGAAGAUCAGGACGGAGUCUUGGCCAAAGUUGCUCAGUGUAUCGAGCAACUUCGAACUGUCAUUCUCACUCCUUACGAGAAAGAAAUUAUCUCGAGGCAACUGUUCGAGCUCGCCGAUGGUCGUGAAGACGCCAGAAUUGCUGUUGGCUCCCAUUCCCAAGCGAUUCCGUUGCUGGUGGCGCUGCUUAGAUCAGGAACGAUCGCAGCCAAAAUCAAUGCAGCUGCAACUCUAGGAGUGCUCUGCAAAGAAGAAGACUUGCGGGUGAGGGUUCUGCUCGGAGGAUGUGUCCCACCCCUCCUGCAUUUGCUCAGGUCUGGCUCAGCGGAGGCUCAAACUGCUGCUGCCAAAGCCAUUUAUGCUGUGUCCCAAGGAGGGGUAAGAGAUCAUGUCGGCUCCAAGAUUUUCUCUACGGAGGGAGUUGUCCCGAACCUAUGGCAGCAAUUGCAAGCCGGUGAGAAGUUGGAUAGGUCGGUCGAUGGUCUUCUAACAGGUGCCUUGCGAAAUUUGUGCAACAACACGGAAGGAUUCUGGCCUGCCACCUUACAGGCCGGUGGGGUUGAGAUUCUUGUGAAUUCCUUACUAAAUGGCAGUCCUACGGCACAGGCGAAUGCGUCUUCUCUCCUGGCCAGUAUGAUGGUGGGCGUGGAGCAGAGCAAUGCUAAAGUGCUCAGCGCAGGUGCUAUUCAGCCUCUGCUUGACCUUCUUGCCCCAGGGAACGAGAUUUCUGUCCGUGCCGAAGCAGCAGGCGCUCUGAAAGCUCUGUCCGCCAAGCUGAAAGACGCGAGACAGGGUAUCGUGUCAGCGGGUGGCAUUGCAUACUUAAUCAGUGCCACGGUUGCUCCAUCCAAAGAGUUCAUGCAGGGGGAGUUUGCGCAGGUGCUGCAGGAAAAUGCAAUGGGUGCGUUGGCUAACAUUUCGGGUGGAAUGCCCGCAGUAAUUUUGAGCCUUGCAGAGAGCAUCGAGUCUGGACGCUCCGAAGCAGAGUCAGCUGACACCAUUGGAGCACUUGCUUACGCCCUCAUGGUAUUCGAUGAGAGCUCUGAAGCCUCGGAUUUAGUAAAUCCAGUUGUAAUCGAGCGUGUGCUGGAGAAGCACCUUGAUCCUAAGAGGUCACAGCUUGUACAGGAAUGUGCUGUAGAAGCUCUUGCUAGUUUGUACGGUAACACUUACCUGGCCAAAGGAUUACAACACGCCGAAGGCAAGAAAAUGCUGGUGGGAUUGGUUACAAUGACCAACCAUGAGGCUAGAGAGGAACUUAUGAGAUCUCUCACAAACCUAUGCAGCGGUGAGGCUGACUUAUGGAACGCACUCCGAGGGCGGGAAGGAGUGCAACUCUUAAUAUCACUCCUCGGUCUUUCCACUGAACAGCAGCAAGAGUAUGCCGCUGCGCUGUUGUCUAUUUUGUCCCAGGACAUAGAUGAAAGUAAAUGGGCCAUCACUGCGGCCGGCGGUAUUCCACCUUUAGUCCAGUUAUUGGAGACUGGAUCGUCGAAGGCUAAAGAAGACUCGGCGGUUAUUCUCGGCAACCUGUGCAGCCACAGUGAAGAUAUUCGGGCAUGCGUCGAAACAGCGGAGGCAGUCCCGGCCCUUCUGUGGUUAUUGAAAAAUGCAGGAGUAAAGGGCCAAGAGAUUGCCGCGAGAGCUUUGACACAACUGGUGCGCAAUUCGGAUGCUAGCACAAUAAGUCAGUUGACAGCUCUCCUUACAGGCGAUUUGCCGGAAUCGAAGGUUCACGUUCUGCAUCUGGUAGGUUGCUUGUUGACUGUUGCAUCUCAUGAAGACAUCUUAGAGGAGGGAAAUGCCGCGAGCGAAGCGUUGCAAACCUUGAUAGAACUGCUGAGUUCAAACAAUGCAGAGACUCAGGAGAAUGCAGCAGCUGUACUUGCGGGAAUAUUUGAUGCAAGAAAAGAUCUCCGUGAAAGCCCAAUUGUUGUGGAGAGUAUAUCCCCUCUGAUAAAGCUUGUUGACCCGCGAACUGAGAAGAUUGCCUCGGAGGCAGCUCGGGCUCUUGGUGCCAUUUUCCGAUCCACUCGGCACAACCGUGAGGCUGGAAACGCAUCUAAGGAAGCCAUUGCUCCCCUGAUCGGUCUAGCCAAGUCUUCAAGUAUAUCUGUGGCUGAAGUUGCAACCACGGCGUUAUCGAACCUUCUUCUGGACCCUGAGCUCGCAGAAGAGGCCCCUGCCGAGGACAUAAUUUUACCUCUGACAAGAGUUCUCCGCGAGGGAACUCCCAAGGGCAAAGAACAUGCUGCCGGAGCCCUAGCAAGGCUACUAAGAUCCCGACCUGUUGAUGAUAUACUAGCUGAAAGCAUUCAUCAGUGCGGCACUGUGCUCGCCUUGGUAGCUCUUCUAGCCGCAACAGAAUUGGAUGAUAGUGCAACAUCAGAAGCUCUAGAUGCUCUCGCCUCUCUGGCGAGAGCAAAACGUGGGGGUGUUUUCAGUCGGCCACCAUGGGCUGUUCUCGCUGAAGUACCUUACAGCAUUGGUCCGUUGGUUAAUUGCCUAGCAGUCGGAAGACCGAAUGUCCAGGAAAAAGCGGUGGAGGUCUUGUCAAGACUAUGCCGGGACCAGCCAGUUGUUUUGGGAGAUUUGAUUGCGGGAACAUCAAGGUGCAUUGCAGCCUUAGCCGAUCGUGUCAUCAACUCUUCUAGCCUUGAGGUGAAGGUCGGUGGUGCUGCAUUGCUGAUCUGUGCAGCUAAAGAGCAUCGUCAAACAGCAAUGGAAGCCCUCAGCGAAGUUGGUUCAUACCACCGGCUCAUCCAGUCUCUCGUUGAGAUGCUGGGUUUCAAGCCGGCCGAAGAGGAUGUUCAGUCUAACGGGGACGGAGAGGAAGAUACUGCGAAGGAAACGGGUCCGAAAGAAAACGGAGACGGUGAAGAAGAGUCCUCUCUAGAGCAUGACCCUGCAGCAAUCCUGGGAGGCACGGUUGCCCUUUGGUUGCUCUGCGUGAUUGCAUCCCAUGAUAGCAAGAGCAAGGUCGCUGUUAUGGAAGCGGGAGCUAUCGAUGUACUUACAGAGAAAUUGGCAAUUUUUGCUCCUAAUGCCCGUCAGGCUAUGGUCGAGGAUAACGGGAGCACGUGGGUGAGUGCACUGUUGCUGGCAAUUCUCUUCCAAGACCGAGAUGUAACGCGUGCACCGGCCACGAUGCGGGCAAUUCCCUCACUUGCGACACUUCUGAAGUCCGAAGAGGCCAUCGACAGGUAUUUUGCUGCACAGGCUCUUGCUAGCCUUGUCUGCAAUGGUAGUCGAGGAACUCUUCUCGCCGUAGCCAACUCUGGUGCAGCUGGUGGGUUGAUUCCUCUACUGGGUAGUGUGGAAUCGGACAUCUCCAACCUAGUGGCCUUAUCGGAGGAAUUUAAUCUUGCUCGCAACCCAGAUCAGGUAGCACUGGAGCGACUCUUCCGAGUCGAAGACAUUAGGUUCGGUGCAACUGCCAGGAAGGCCAUUCCAGCUUUGGUCGAUAUGCUGAAGCCCAGCUCAGAUCGUCCGGGAGCACCACCGCUUGCGCUGGGCUUGUUGACACAGGUAGCGAAGGGUAGUGGGACUAAUAAGCUUGCUAUGGCAGAAGCCGGUGCUCUGGAUGCACUGACGAAGUAUUUAUCCCUGGGGCCACAGGACUCAAUAGAAGAAGCUACCGCGGAUCUCUUGAGAAUUUUGUUCAGCAGUGCAGAACUGCGCCGACAUGAGUCUGCUCUUGGAGCAGUUGAGCAGCUUGUAGCUGUUCUACGAAUGGGAACACGUGGGGCCAGGUACAGUGCUGCCAGAGCUCUGGCGGGUUUGUUUGCUGCGGAUAACAUCAAGGUCGGGGAUGCUGCAGGUCAAGCCAUUCCUCCUCUGGUGGAGAUGCUAAGUAGUGGAUCAGAAAAGGAACAGAGGGCAGCUAUUGGUGCGUUAACCAAACUGUCCGCAGACAAUCCACCAAAGGCCUUGGCCAUAGCGGAGGCAGAAGCUAACGCCAUCGAAGGCCUUUGCAGAGUUCUACUGUCAGUGAACAGUUCCUUAGAAUUGAAAGAGGACACAGCUGAACUCUGUCGGAUCUUGUUUGGAAAUUCACGGGUGCGGUCCAGCCCAGCGGCUACAAGCUGCAUUCAACCACUGGUGGCACUUCUGGGAAGUGAUCUAAGUUCAGCACAACAAGCAGGCGCCCGUGCUCUUGAUAACCUCUUGGAUGACGAACAACAAGCAGAGGCCGUUGCAGCUAAUGGUGCCGUUGUUCCUCUUGUUGGACUCUUGGUAGGUUCAAAUUUUGUUACUCACGAAGCCGCCGUGAGUGCGCUCAUCAAGCUCGCGAAGGAUCGUCCCUUGUGCAAACUUGAUAUGGUGAAAGCUGGCGUGAUUGAUAAUGUGCUGGACAUUCUAACCGUUGCUCCAGACUCUCUAUGUGGUGUGAUUGCGGAGCUCUUGCGAAUUUUGACUAACAACAGUAGUAUUGCAAAAGGUUCAGCAGCUGCCAAGGUAGUAGAACCUCUGUUCCAGGCUUUGACUCGACCAGAAAUGAGCACUGCUGGUCAGCAUAGUGCAAUGCAGGUUCUUGUAAAUAUUCUGGAGAAACCUCAGAGAUUGGCAAGUCAUCAGCUUACUCCUUCCCAAGCAAUUGAGCCUCUUGUAAUGCUGCUGGAAUCCUCAGCACAACCUGUUCAACAGCUUGCAGCUGAGCUACUGUCGUACUUGCUGGCAACGGAGAACUUCCAACGAGAUGUUAUUACUCAACAAGCAGUCAUCCCUCUUAUAAAGCUUGUGGGCGUAGGAGUUCCCAGUCUACAAAAGGAAGCUCUGAAGGCAUUGGAAAGCGCUUCAAACAGCUGGCCUAAUGCCGUAUACGACGCAGGUGGUAUUACAGAGCUUUCGAAGGUCAUAUUGCAAGUAGACCCGCAGCCUCCUCAUGCAGUUUGGGAGACAGCAGCUCUUGUCUUGUCAAAUGUGCUUCGGUUCAGUUCUCCCUAUUACCUCAAAGUCCCUAUAGCUGUCCUCGUCAAAUUGCUGCGCUCUAGUUCUGAGCCUACAGUCGUCGUCGCCCUGAAUGCUCUUCUGGUGCUGGAAAGAGAUGAUGCCUCAAGUUCUGAAGGAAUGGCUGAGAAUGGUGCAAUCGAGGCCCUUUUGGAACUGCUCAGAUGCCAUCAAAGCGAGGAAGCAGCAGCCCGUUUGUUAGAAGCAUUAUUCAACAACUUGAAAGUACGAGAAAUGAAAGUGGCCAAGCUUGCAAUUUCGCCCUUAGCGCAGUAUCUCCUUGACCCGGCUACUAGGAUGCAGCCGGCUAGGCUGUUGGCUGCCCUUGCUCUUGGAGAUUUAUUUCAAAAUGAUGGUCUUUCAAGGUCGACGGACGCUGUUUCAGCAUGUCGUGCAUUGGUCAGUCUUCUGGAGGAUCAGCCAACAGAAGAGAUGAAGAUGGUGGCAGUGUGCGCUCUGCAGAAUCUUGUCUGCAACAGCCGGUCGAAUAAACGCGCGGUCGCUGAAGCAGGUGGAAUCCAGGUUGUACAAGAAAUGCUCGCAUCCAGCAAUACAGAUACCGCAGCGCAAGCUGCGACUCUGAUCAAACUUCUUUUCUCUAAUCACACUAUUCAAGAGUAUGCGUCUGGUGAUGUCAUCCGAGCAUUAUCAGCUGCCAUAGAGAAGGACCUCUGGGCCACUGCGUCUGUGAACGAGGAUUCUGUCAGGGCUAUAAAUGUUUUAUUCGCCAAUUUUCCAAGGCUGCGAGGAACAGAAGCUGCGACUGCAUGCAUACCACAGUUGGUUGGAGCGUUGAAGACCGGUACGGAAGGAACUCAAGAAGCAGCGCUAGAUUGUUUAUUCCUCUUGCGACAAGCGUGGGCUUCUGUUCCAGCAGAAGUCGGAAACGCGCAGGCCGUAGCCGCUGCUGAAGCAAUCCCCGUGCUACAAUACUUGCUCAAAUCCGGAGCGACAAGAUUUCAUGAGAGAGCAGACAUCCUUUUGCAGUGUCUGCCAGGUAGCUUAGUGGUGACUAUAAAGCGCGGUAACAAUCUCAAGCAGUCCAUGGGCAGCACCAACGCUUUCUGCAAGUUGACUCUUGGCAACGGUCCUCCUCGGCAAACCAAGGUUGUUUCACAUACAACUUCUCCAGAGUGGAAGCAAGGAUUCGCAUGGGCUUUUGAUACUCCUCCGAAGGGGCAGAAGUUGCAUAUAUCUUGCAAAAGCAAGGGUGCUUUCGGAAAGGGAUCGCUGGGUAAGGUCACCAUUCCAAUCGACAAAGUGGUGAUGUUAGGAACUAUAUGUAAGCCGUAUACCCUUCAGCCUGAGACAAAUCGAGAUGGAACAGCCCGAAGUCUAGAAAUCGAGUUUCAGUGGUCAAACAGGUGAUCAUUGAGAUACAUAUAUAUAUUGAUUACCAGUUGGGCAACCCCUUAGAUUUUGUACGAUUCUUUAGUUAGAAUGAUUAUUUGGUUUCCCUUUUCAGAAGCAUUUGUCAAUAAUUAUGCCAUUUCUUUGAGGUACUGAAUGUACAUGGCUAAUAUAGUCACAACUGGCAUUGGGAACGUUGUACAAACCCAAUUUUGUCUUGUGGCUUGGAGUUGUAAUAUUGAUGUAAAUGAUCGCGAAGCUGUGACGUAAUACGAGAUCUUUCAGCUAUGUGUCCACUGGACCUGCCUCGGCUCG